GUAGGUUGGAACUUAUCAGAUGGUCAUACCUACGAUCACUACGUUUAAUUAUAUACGUUCGAUGUACUUACUAUCUAAAUUUUCUUAAUCAAGAAGAUUAGACCACAACGCACCGUCAGUUGUGUCCAUGCAACGCGAUGUAUAUGUGACAACGCAAAGUAUCCUGGGAUAUCAAAUGUUACCUUUGAUCUUACAGGUGCAAACCCCUAUAAAGCAAACAAAAGACUGUUCCAUAAUUUUUCGGGUCGACUCAUAGGCAUAAGAGAAUAUCUUCCUUCACAAUGGAGCCGCUCCUGGACAUUUUUCUUCGAGUUCUGCCAGUUACAAGUUCAGUGAAUUGGUGUCAAUCAUUCUAGAUAAUAAUUAUAAUUUUCCCAGGAAGCCUUUCGGCUCUACUUAAGUUUCACUGUACGUUGCGCGAGGCCGAGCAACUUUACAUCAGCCACUUCACACACUGAGCUGCAACGCUCGGUACGGUUUGUAACAUGGCUACUCCAUUAGAGCUGAUAAAGGCUAUCUUUACAGUAGUUGAUACCAUACAGAAGGUCGUCCAAGAGGUUCAGUGUAACAAAGCACGAUGUAGACGGCUUCGCGAAAGGAUCUGUGGCAUACUGCCCAUAGUCAGGAAGUUGGAGACCCACAUGAAGACAAACCAGAAAGAUCAACCUGAAAGCUACACGGACACACUACAAGAGAUGCUUCGCUGUCUUGGUGAGGCCCAGGAAUACAUGGAGACCUUCACUAGCCACAAGGGAUUUAAAGCCUCUAUCAUAAAGGUGGCAGGGCGGGAUGAGAUAAAACGACGGUUCGAAGGCUUCAACGAAAAGCUCACAGACCUGGUCCCUGUGCUCACUAUGGGUUUGCAGGUAGAAGCACAGAGUCAGCUUGCCAUUCUCAGAGACAAAGUCAAGUUGAAGCAAGAGGAUGAUGAGGAUGAGAAGAAAGAUUGGGAGGAGAUCAUGAAAAUCAUUAAGGAUCUCAAAGGACUACCUGACCAAGUGGACAAAGUUAGUACAGACAUUGCCCAACUGACAAAGGAAGUGAGGAAAGGAUUUGAUCAACAGAAAAGAAAGUAUGAAGACAUGCAGUCAACUGCUGACAUGAAAUUGGAACCCAUCGAGGAGGAUGACUUGAUUGACUUGACUGAGAUUGGCAAAGGGAGGUUUGGAAAGGUAUACAAGGGCAAGUGGAUUCAGACGCACAUUCCAGUAGCAGUGAAGAUGAUGGACAAGAGCAAGUCAUUUGACCAUGAGGAAGUAGCAGGAAAUUUGCGGGACGAGGCAACGCAGAUGAAGAAGGUUGAGACAGAAAAUGUUGUCCGAGUAUGGGGGAUAGGCACUCGGUCUCAAAGGAUUUUGUUGGUGCUGGAAUUCAUGGAAAAGGGACCUUUAAGAGAUGUUCUGCGAAACAAGGCUAUAGAGCUGCCAUGGGAACGACGAGUGCGUAUGGCUUUGGAAGCUGCUCGUGGUCUGCAUGCCAUCCACAAUGCCAGGCCGAAGGCCAUGCUCCAUAGGAACAUCUCUAGCAAGAAAUUUCUUGUGGAUGAAGAUCUUCAUGUCAAGAUUACUGGUUUUGGUUUCACCAAAACCUUGUCCUCUGCAAGGAAAGCUGGUACUUUUAAGGGAUCACUUGAGUACAUCGCGCCUGAGCAGCUGAUGGGGGACAUUAACAACUAUGACAAGAAAAACGAAAUCUUUGCGUUUGGCAUUGUGAUGUGGGAGAUUGCCAUGCGAAAGGAGCCAUAUGAAGGCAAAGACACAGAAGCAAUAAGGGCUAUGAUCAACAACAAGGAAAGAGAAGAAAUCCCAGCUGAAAGUGGUUGUCCCCCUAACUUCCAUCAAGUCAUUGAUGAUUGCAGAAAUGAAGACCCUCUUCUCCGGCCACAGACCUUAAAAAUCAUCGACAAAUUGCUGCCGGAAUAGCAAGACAGCCUUUUCAAGAUAAAAUGAAUGGCAUUAUCAAUGAGUUUCGAAACUAUAUAACUGAGAAGCUACUACAAAGAAUGCUGCUAGUCUUAGACUAGUACUUUUCAGUUUGCAGGAUUUGUAGCCAAUUGAGUACCGGUUUUAUAUCUGCAUAAAUAUUCAGAAUAGGGAAAUAAAAGACCACUGUAGUUUCCAUUUUCUUCCUAACUAUCUACAUUGUACAGUCAAAAACUUCACCUUUUGUAACAGGUGAAUUUAGUAAUAUCAUUGUGACUUGUCACAACAGUACCCCCACAGCAUUAUUAUGUGUUCAAGGUAUAUUGUAGAGCCAUUUAAAUGGUACAGGAAGUCAUGACUCCAUGCCCUGGACUCACAUGGAAUGUUGAAGACAUGCACAUAUUCAGUUCAAAGUACAUGUUCAUGAUAUUCAGGCUCUGAUAUUCUAGAAUUUCAAUUUUUUAAUACAAUUGAACAAAUUAGAGAGAGAGAGUCUCAGACAUAAAGUUGGGUCAACUCAGUAUGGAAAGACUAAGAAAGACAAACAUCAUGGAUCAUGUGUAUACAUAGCCACAUACUGGAAGAAAAUAUAUGGAAAGCAAAACAUUUUUCUUCUUCUUUUGAACUGUGUUUUUUUUUAAAUAAAUGAUCACAAACAGUG